AACAGCAACAGCAAGGCGGCGUACCGCAGCUACCAGGCCGCUGCCGACCUCGCGGGGACGGCGGAGCAGGCGCUUGCGCUCGACGCCGACGCUCUACUCGCCGCCUCCGACCGCCACCUGCUGCGGCAGCACCUCGACUUCCGUGGGGUGCGAAAGUUCGCGGAGCUCUGUGUUGCGGUUUCUAAGUACGUCUAUUCCACUACCUCUGGUGCAGUGGCGAAGAAGCAUGACGCGCUCGCGAAGCUUGCACACCAGGCCGCCGUUCUGACAGUCCCGGACGCCGUCGCAUCGGAGUCGCUGCGACUGCUGCCAACGCUGCUGCUUGCUGCCUACCACCGCCACCGUGCGGAGUCUUACUACAGAGCCGAAAAGGUCCCCGAGAUGUCCCUUGUCCUCGGCCACAUCGACUACGCGUGGAGGCUGGUGGAAGACAUGCAGCAGCACUGCAUGGAGGUCAUUGCGUCCUCUUCGUCGAGGAGCAGGCGACAGGGCGGCAAGCGGGGUGUACUCGGACGACUGAGCGCUAUGCUUACUGGCGGUUCCGGUGCCUCCGCAGAAGUGACUUCAUCCGAUGACGAGGAUAACGGCCAGAGAGCGCGUCGGCCCUUCGCAAAGCUUGCGCGGCUGCUGAAGGAGUCCGAUCUGGUAAGUGUGUUUCCACUCGCCGACACCAUCCUCACUGAUAUCGUCACCCUCCACGAGACGUACCAUCACGAGAAUGACGUCAUCUACUACGCACGGGCGGCGCGCGAGGAAGAUGUGAUAGCCGACACACCCGAAGUGGAGCCGCUGCCCAGCGAAGGCGCCAGCAACAGUACCACACCCGUCGACGCAGUGCCGCUUUCCACCAAGCUUGGGGCCGAUAUGUCGAAGUUCAGCGAACUCCCCAGCGGGGAGGUUCUGCAGAAGUUGCUGCAGCAGCAGGAGGAGACUCGUGACUUGCGGGACACUGCGCGGCGGCAGCUGGACGAAGUACGGUGCCUCAUUGGAGACAUGAAGGCCGCGCUUCAGCUGCCAGCGGCCGUGGAGGUGGAGCUGAUGCGUGUGGAGCGGCUGCUGCGUGGCGACGGCGGUGCUGCCACGACGCUUGACGCCCGCUUUGACGCGGCGCACGAUGCCGUCCAGGCGGCCCUGCAGCGCCACGAAACGGUCAGUGGCGAUCUGUACCGCGCCAAGAGCGAGUACAUUGGAGAGUACGUCGCUGGCUUCAAGUCCACCGCAUCGCUGAGGGGACGCGAGGAGGAGUGGU